AUGUCCACGCGCGGGCAGUUCAACACCAAGAACCCGACCAUCAAGCGCAUAUUAAAAGAGGCUUCCGAGCUCUCUCUGUCCCCGUCGUCGGAUUAUCAUGCCGAACCGCUAGAAACCAACCUCUUUGAAUGGCACUUUACAAUCCGCGGCCCGCCUGAGCCCUCGCCUUACGCGGGCGGCAUAUACCACGGUCGCAUAAUCCUGCCAUCUGCCUACCCGCUGCGCCCGCCGUCUUUCCGCUUCCUUACUCCCACAGGCCGCUUCGAAGUAAACCGCGAGAUCUGCCUCAGCAUAUCAGGCCAUCAUGAGGAGACAUGGCAGCCCGCAUGGGGCGUCCGCACAGCGCUCGUCGCAAUAAGAAGCUUCAUGGAUACCAACGCCAAGGGCCAGCUGGGCGGCAUCGAAUGCAGCAGGGAAGCACGAGAGCGUAUGGCCAAAGAAAGCGGUGCGUGGGGAUGCGCGGGAUGCGGGAAGCGCAACGCGGAAAUCAUGCAGGAAAGGGAUGCUCUCGUCAAGGAAAUUGAGGAGAAAGAGGGCAAGAGGAAAGAAGACGAGGUACCCGAGGAACUGAGACUCGCGUACCGAGAUGAACUGGGUAAGGCACAAGACGACAAGGUGGACAAAGGCAAGGCACCCGCGGUACACGGCGGGGCUGACACGUCGCCUGCCACUACCUCGGCCCCAGCGGUUCCAAACCCGAACCCCAUGCGGCCUGCAUCUAGUGCGCCUGUGAUAAGGCCUGUGAGGACCACGGCUGCACGCCCAUUGCAACAAGUUGCUCAAACGAGUUCUGAUUUGGCUUGGAUUGACACUUGCAUCUAUGGUGUUGUGGCUGCGCUGCUAUUCAUGGUAGUGAAGAAGUUUGCAUGAGCACUGUCUUUUCACGUGUACGUUGAACCAGCCAGCCAGCCAGCCUACCUGGUUUUCGUCAACGAGUCCUCACACGUGCUUUGUUUCCAUGUCCGCAUCAUGUUUUGGCUAGCGAUGGAGUUUUGGUUAGGCGAACGAUUGGCGUGAUCUUGCUAUAUAUAAACCAUGGCUUGCGUUGCAUGCACAAGACAU